ACCUGAAAACCGAUUAUUCGAAUAUCCGGUUUAUAAAAGUUUGUGUGAAUAAUAACAGAAACGCAAUGCUUCGACUAUUCGAAUAACACAUGGGCUGAAAAGUCCCGGGUCCAACAAAGAAAACACGGGUUUUUGUUCAAAAUUAGCUUAAAUUAUUAAUAUAAUCUCCAUCAAGAGCAACACAAUCAUUCCAGCGCCGCUCUCAUAUUUUAAUACCACUUUUGUAGAACGAUUUGUCUUUUGCCUCAAAAUAGGCCUCAGUUUCAGUGAUAACCUCUUCUUUCUUACUGGCGAAUAUUUUUUUGAGGUCUACGAACAUCCAAUAGUCGUUCGGAGCCCCAUCUGGAGAAUAAGGUGAAUGUGGCUGUAAUUCAAAGUGACCAGAAUACCAAGGCCAUAACCUUUCCAACUGAUUGCUGUGCUUUCGGACGCUUUGGACGAGGUUCACCUGCUGCUGUCCACUCAGGUUUCAUCCAUUAUCACAUAUCGACGCAAAACUUCCGGUUUGUUACAUUUAAACAUGACCAAACAGUGCUCAGAAUCAUCAACACGCUGCUGUUUUUGGUCAAUAGUCAGCAGACGCGAUAUCUACUUUGAACAGAGCUUUCUCAUGUACAAAUAAUCAUGCAAUAUAAAGCCAAUGCGUUCUUGCUUCGAGUAUUUGAAUAAAUCAAAAUUGUUUGCAAUACCAGCAGCCUUUGAUUUGUGUACAAAAUUUUAUUAUUGAAUGUUUCACUUUUUUUAAUAAAAAUAAGAAAAUGAAAGAACGCUUACUAUUCGAAUAGUCGACAACAAACAGUUAACCGGAUAGUCGAUAAGAAACGGUUAAUCAAAUAGUCGACGACUUACGACUAUCCGGAUAGUGCAAACCGAAUACUAUUAUUCAAAUAGUGCCCUAUCCGGUUAGUCGAUUAGUCGAACAUCAAGAGCUCUAAUUCAUACAUACAAACUUUAUAUUUACAUAUUUCAAACGUAGGCGAGGACCGCGAGAAUCGAUCGCACAUCAAAGCUUAAGUAAAAAGUCCACAAAUGUUAUCCGCUAGAGAACAGUUUUUCGCACCUUCCACAUUGCCAGCAUCAGCAUUGGGUCUGGGUAUUGAAGUGGUUGACCAGCGUUCAACUACCGUUUAUAGCCCAACAACAGUGCCAUUGACCAGUGUACAUGGUUGGCGGAAUGGCGGAAGCGUGUUUGCCUCUGCGCCCUCUAGAAAUGGCAACAAAGCACAUAGCGAUCAACAGCUGUCACAAUUACAGUCAUUGAUGGCAAAUAGCAGUAACGGCUGUACUAAUGGCAGUAAGAAUAAAAACUCUGAUGAACCAUUCUCGAAUUUGCCUUCUCGUCUGCCAGUCGAUAUAGAAUUUAAGGAGCUUUCACUUACAGUACAAAUGGGGUUUGGAAAAGGAGAAAAGGAGAUUUUACAUAAUGUCGGCGGAAAAUUUCCUGGCAGCCAGCUAAUUGCGAUAAUGGGCCCUUCUGGCGCGGGAAAAUCCACGCUACUGGAUGCGUUAUCUGGCUUCAAAACAACAGGUGUAGAUGGUUCUAUACUCCUGAACGGACGUCGACGAGACUUGCCUUUAUUCCGACGAAUGUCCUGUUACAUAACACAAGAUGAUCGUCUUCAGCCGUUAUUAACAGUAAACGAGAAUAUGCACAUAGCAGCGGAUUUGAAAUUGGGCUCAAAUUUGAGUUAUGAGGAGAAGGAAGGACGGAUCGAAGAUAUUCUGUUGCUGCUGGGCUUGUACGAACAUGACCAAACAAUGACUAUGCGUCUAUCCGGUGGACAAAAGAAGAGGCUCUCUAUUGCAAUGGAAUUGAUAAAUAAUCCAACAGUAAUGUUCCUUGAUGAACCCACAACUGGUCUGGACAGCAGUUCCUGCACCAAAGUAUUGGAAUUAUGCAAGAAAUUGGCACAACAGGGUAGAACCAUUAUCUGUACAAUUCAUCAACCCACAGCCAAAUUAUUCCAAAUCUUCGAUCAAGUAUACGUACUCUCGGCCGGUAAUUGUGUCUACCAAGGUAGUACAGAAAAAUUAGUGCCAUUCUUACAGACCGUCGAUUUGCCAUGCCCUGUUUACCACAAUCCUGCUGAUUACAUUAUAGAAUUGGCUUGUGGAGAAUAUGGGAAUGACAAAGUUGAUAUCUUGAAAUCAGCAGCCGAGAAUGGCAGUAGUCUAGCGUGGUUUGACGAUCCAAGUUCUAUAUUACGCGCAGAAUCAUUAAUUCGCAAAUAUCCGAUUCCGAGGAAAUCGAAAAAACGUUCUUUGGAGGAUACAAGCUAUAUCAAUCAAUUAUCGGUAUUAUUGCGCCGGGGAUAUGUAAAGGCAAAGCGUGAUACAACCUUGACUCAUUUACGCAUAGCUGUAAAUGUGUUUGUUGCCAUUAUUCUGGGUUCAUUAUACGCCGGCUCUGGUCGUGAGGGUUCGAGAGUUUUAGACAAUUAUAACUUACUGUUUGCCAUAUUAAUCCAUCAUUCGAUGACAACGAUGAUGUUAACUGUAUUAACAUUCCCAAUAGAGAUGUCAAUAUUGUUGAAAGAACACUUCAAUCGCUGGUAUUCCCUAAAAGCUUACUACACAUCAAUCACAUUAAUCGACCUGCCCAUUUCUGUUAUUGGCUGUUUACUUUUUACUGUUAUUAUAUAUCUGUGGAGUUAUCAACCAAUGGAGUGGGAGCGAUUUUGGAUGUUCUUUGCUAUAAGUUUGCUGACUGUAUUCGUUGGUCAAAGUUUUGGGCUUAUGAUUGGCGCCGGGUUUAGUGUUGUGAAUGGAACUUUCUUAGCACCUGUACUGACUAUUCCGAUGAUGAUGUUUGCCGGUUUCGGGGUAACACUUCGAGAUUUACCUAGCUACUUGAAAUGGGGCAGCCAUAUAUCUUACCUUAGAUAUGGUUUGGAAGGCUUUGUUGGUGCCAUUUAUGGUCAGGGACGUGGUGUGUUAGACUGUAUUGAAGCGCCUUAUUGCCAUUAUAGAUAUCCGAAGAAAUUCCUGGAAGAAAUCACAAUGGGUGGUGAUCAAUUUUGGAAUGAUUUCAUGGCUCUGUGUGUUAUUACUAUAGCUUUCAGAAUAGUGGCCUUUGUUGUCCUCAAAGCAAAAAUAAAUUCAGUAAAAUAAUGUGUAAUGUUUGCCAUAUUUAAUACGAUUAUAGUUAUGAAAUUACGAAAUAAAAUAUGAAGUUAGAGAUAGUGUAUUCACGAGAAGCAAAUUUUA